AUGUAACGCUAUCGGUGUCCCUCUUCCCUUUCGCCAUGGAAGUAGCCGAAGAGAAAGCUACCCCAUUGCAGCAGAUCAUACUCGAAGAAUGGAGUGGUUCUUCUCCCACAAACCUCUCGAUUACGGCCACUAUUACUGCAGCUGCUCCUUCCUCCAUUUCAAUUCGAAGAUCGGGUAAUCGCUUAAACGAAUUAUGGGAACGAGUUCUAGCAGCAUUCGUACCAGAGGGUUUUCCCAGCAGUGUAACUCCAGAUUAUGCCCCUUUCCAGCUGUGGGACUCAUUGCAAGGCUUGUCCACUUAUGUAAGAACGAUGCUUUCUACGCAAGCUCUUCUGAGUGCUAUUGGAGUUGGCGAGAAAUCGGCUACAGUAAUUGGUGCUACGUUUCAGUGGUUUUUGAGGGAUUUAACGGGAAUGCUCGGAGGCAUUUUAUUCACAUUUUACCAGGGUUCAAAUCUGGAUAGCAAUGCCAAAAUGUGGCGUUUGGUUGCAGAUCUUAUGAAUGAUCUUGGAAUGUUGAUGGACCUCAUUUCUCCUUUAUUCCCUUCUGCAUUUGUGUUUAUAGUUUGCUUAGGGAGCCUCUCUAGAGCAUUCACUGGUGUUGCAAGUGGAGCCACAAGAGCUGCUUUGACACAGCAUUUUUCCCUGCAGAAUAAUGCUGCGGAUAUAUCUGCAAAGGAGGGGAGUCAAGAGACAGUUGCAACAAUGACUGGAAUGGCAAUAGGAAUGCUUGUUGCUCGUAUCACAAUGGGACAGCCCCUAGCAAUUUGGUUUUCUUUUCUUUCCCUCACCAUGUUCCAUAUGUAUGCAAACUACAGGGCUGUUCACUGCCUUUCAUUGAUUACCCUAAAUGGUGAAAGGAGCUCAAUACUUCUGCAGCAUUUCAUGAAGACUGGCCAAGUUCUUCCUCCCAAACAGGUCUCUGCAAUGGAGCAUGUUUUGCCCUUAUGGACCAGUUUAUGGUGCUCCAAAAACAUCAAGUCUCUGCACACUCAGAUACGUUUGGGUGUGAAGGUUUCAUCACUAAACCACCUGGAGAUGGUGGACCUCUUACACUUGGCGGGAUCUCAUUAUAAGAAAGAAAAAUAUUUAUUGUUGGAGAGAAAGGGGAUCAUAAGCAUUGUUAUGCAUAAGGAUUCAACAGCCGCAGACGUCUUGAAGUCGUUCCUGCAUGCACUUGUUGUAGCAAAUUUUCUAGACAGAAACAGAUCUGUACAUUCAGAGAGCCAAUUGUGGAUGGACAAGCAAUAUGAAUCUUUUGUUUUGAAGCUACAGUCAUCAGGGUGGAAUACGGAUCGCCUUUUAUCACCGUCAGUUAUUUGGAGGGCAAAUUGGACAUGUAGAUCUUCAGAUGAGAAGAUUGACUAGAGAUGAUGAAACCAAUAGCUUCUCAUGAUUCUAUUAACCGAUUCUGAGUUUGACAAUGGAGAUGAAUAGUUGGGUGGAAGGGAAUAUCAAGUAUGCAGAAACAAAAUGAUUGACUACAGAGUGGUUCAGGAAUACUGGGCAUGACAAGAGCUUCCCUUGUUGCCUUGUGCAGAGAGGAUUGCAAUAUCUUGUAGCAACUACUUUCCUGGAAAAUCAGCUGUGGCCUUUGGGGCAGCAGAUUUUGUUAGUGCAGUUGAUUUCAAACAUUUUAACCUUGCCAACUCCCAUGCUGGCUGGGGUUGAGAAGCUUUCUGAUUGAGUUCAGCUCCAUGAAGUGCAAGAUUCACACCACAAUAUUGCAUCAGCUGAUUCCUAAAUCAGUUAUGAGGUGGUACUGUUAUAUUAGCACUUAUUCAAUGUCGGGUUCCUCUGCUGUGGUUGUACUGAUAUCUAACCGUAUGCCCAUAAUUCAUAACUGCCUCAGUGCUGAAGCUCACUUGAUUCCAAUGUGCAUUUCUUUAAACUUGUACUAAAAUAAAUAGUGCUAUUUCAUUUUUGAUUCUUUAUGUUUCACAAA